UUGUAUAAUAUCUUUCUACUUACUUUCCAGGUUCGGUUUACCUUCCGUCUGGCUCUUCGAAGGUCAUAUUUUUCAUAUUACUGUGAUGAGAACACGAUUAACGUUGGAGGAAUUAUUGGAUCUGGAGGUUCUUGGACAGCUAAGUGCAGCGAUCCAUUCAGUGCAGUGUGUUCACUGAGCUAUAUAAUCGCGGACACUCGCUUUCGUUGUACUGACUUUAGUCGCAAUGAAGACUGGUCCAUGGGGGAAAAUAACUUCACUUACACUUUUCCUUCUGGCAAUCUGGAGUGGAAUGUGAGGUGGGUCAAUAAGUGAAUUAAGAGAAAAAGAAACACAUGAGAACUGACUUUUUGAGAAUGUUUCACUUUAAGGCAGCACAAAGCCUCGAACAAACAAGAGCCGUUUAUAAUGACCAAAGUUAUCUUUCAAAAGUGGGGUGGUUUUUCAAAUAUUAUAACGGCUGAAAGGCCGUUACCAAUUUGUUGUUAUGACCCGCAAUUAUCUUCUUCUAUCCAUCACUUCUAUAUUCAGUCCCUCGAUUACUCCUUUCUUCCAUUCCUGUUAACUUUUUGGUAAGUGCGCUGACUAACGUAUAAGGCUUUCACAUAUUCAGUUUCGUUGAUGUUAUGGCCUGUCUUCCCAAAUAAAGAUAACUUUCAGCAGUCUCAGUGUAUUUCAAAAACAUCCCUUUCUUGUCUCGUCGACAGAUAUCAAAGUUGCUGUUGGAUUUCCAAUCUUGUGCGAUAUGCUGACUCACAAUGGUCGGUAUCUACCAAAAUAAGUCUCUCUAGACGAUCUGAUAGCGGCAAAAUUAACUCAUCCCCAGUCUCCAAGAGCCCAGCUAUUGUGCGGUUUCAACAGGGCUGUCAGAAGUCUCUUACAAUUCCAGUUGAAGAUCCGGAUGGCGAUUUUGUGAAAUGUCGUUGGGCAACUAGCGCUGAGUCCUCCAUACCAAGUGAUAGUUUUCCUUACGGUGAACUUGAUGAGGUAUAUUUAUACACUCUAAUUAUGUUUUUCCCUUGUUUUAUAAAAACAUGAGAAAAUUUUAAGCCUUGUAAAUUAGGAUGAUCACAACUUAAGACCUAAAAGACUCUUCUAUUCUUCCAUGACAAAAAAAAAGAUAACGUUUCAUAGGGAAAAAGGAAAUUUAGUCUUGAUUAUUCUUGAUGAGUGGCAUCAACACGUGAAAGAAAGAAGGAUCAACAAGCACACUGUGAUUUUCUUGUUAAUCCUAGUGAGAUCUCAAUAUGGCACUUUGAAGUAGGAUAAUCUUAACUUGCUUGAUGCAUGUAAAUAAGGUAUCUUUCAUACUUCGCUUUGCAGAAAAACUGCAUUUUAACUUACAGAGGUGGACUUGGAGCAUCGGGCACAUACGUAGUAACCUUAACUUUGGAAGACUUUCCAGCUGGAACCACAAACUUCAACAACAUCAGACCAUUCAGUGCUGUGCCACUGCAGUUUCUUGUCAUAAUAGGCGUUGGAUCUGGUUCUUGUCAAGACAUACCUGUUUUUACUGCUUCCACACCUCAAAAUGGUGAAUGCUCAGAGAUUCAGAUUGGGUCAGUAUACAAAGCAGUCAUUGAGGUGCGGCUUCCAAACGUUAGUAAACAGUAAGUAUUUCAAGGUUACAAUUUUAGGGCAUCUGAGUUUACGUUUUACAUCCAUGAACUGUUUAUACAAAAACAUAUCCAAAGAUGCAUUACUUGUCUUGUUAUGUUUGCUGUUAACCUAGACUCUUUUGUCAAUGUUCUAAGUAUUGUUGAGAUAACCACAAGCUCUCCACUUGGAAUGCAACUGACACCAUUAAGCUCCCAUGGAGGCAUCUUCUUCAGGAAUGUCACGUGGUAUCCGAGUCAGAACCAAAUUGGGCAGCAGUUGUUCUGCUUUCAAGCUUUGGAUUCAGACGGGUAAGAUGUUCUCGUAUGUUAUGUAAGAAAUUUUUACCUGGAAUCAGGAUUUUGAUGAACUGAAGUUAGAUUGAUUUUUUUUCAAGUUUUAAUCAGAAUUAAUGAUCACUGUUCACGACAUAGCAUAACACUACUGGUGUUUCACUGGAGUGUUAGAUGCUCAUGUAGGCAGUAUUCUUAACUCAAAAUGCACCAGAGCAACUCUGUGCCAAUACAAGAUACAUGUGCAUAAACAGUUCCUGCCAAGUUAACUUUAGAACACGUCGUUAGUAAUUUACGGGAGUAUGAAAAAAAUUCAUGAUUCAUGUUGUGUAAAUCGGCGUGUAUUUAUAGUAAUGAUUCGUGUCAUUUCCAAUUUACAGAUUACAAAGUGAAUGGCGUUGUGUCACGAUCCUUGUGGGGCUAAGUAAAUAAUUUUAUAUCCUCUGAAAUAUUUCAAUUUAUUGAGACAUUAAGAUAAAUUGAGCUUUGUUAAUUUCUCUUUCCCUCUGUUUAAUCUUUAAUACUGUUAAGGCGUUGGCAGGUUCAUUUGCUUUUGAUGCAGACUAGAACUACACAAACAAACACACAUGAUAGUACAAAAUCUUUAAUAAUGAUAAAUGAUAAAAACGGCAAUAAUAACCAUGACAUCAUAGUACACAAAAAUUGACAUUAAAAGCAUAUCCAUUAAGUCAAUAAGUUAUUCAUCUAUGAUUGAAUUACGGUGUACCAUUUUGAUAUUAUUUCAAUGUAAAUACACUUAUUUUUAGGUAAUACGCCUCAUGUUAUUUUGGGUACACGAAGGCCAAUAAGUCCUAUAAGUGAAAUUGGAACAGGACUAAUAUGGUGGAGUAUUCAUUUUAACAGAGUGGUAAUCAACACUCCUUUCUUUACCUUUCAAAUAAUUACUUGUAUGUAGAUCCUCUAUUAGCAUUCUGAUAAAUUUUACCCCUUUAAGGAAUAGCAAUCACGUUAAUUAAUGACGAGCUAAUGUUACCCAGGUAUAACACUAGAUUUCUGUAGCCAGGAAAUAAAAAAAAAUCGAAAUCAUCUUUUGGAAGAACUAGCUUUCAGAUCUUGGUAAUUCAAAAUGUUAGGGAAACAUACAUGAUUAGAAUAUACUUGAAUUUAAGAUUGAGCUUGAUUAUUUACAGAUAAAGAAGCCUCGUAGCUCAGCAUUCAUCCGAUUGGUUCUGCAGUCAAAUGGUUUUACCGUCUUCAAAGUGAAUGCCCUCUCUGGUUACGUUAUUGUGGACAGUAAUCGCACAGUACUUCAUUUUGCCACGCCGAAGGCUGCACUGAGCAUGAACGGUUCAUAUGCCAUCUUGAUAGAUCCCGGUGCAGUAGUUGGGCAGGGGUGCUCGAAUGAUGGUCCACCAACACCUGGUAUAACCUCACCCAGAGACUGGGCCUUCCCCGUAGAUGGUGUCUGCCCUCUUGGUUAUGCUCUGGUUUCUCCAAGUUUUCAAAAGUGUGAGGGUACGUCCGGUAUUGUAGUAUUUAGUGAACAAGUACCCGGUAUCCUUACCCUACAAUACUCCGGUAUGGGUUAUGAGGGUGCC